UUCUCAGUUUCUUGAUGUUGUGAGGUUGACGUUGCAUGGACGCUGGUUUGAAGAGAUGUUAAUGUAUCCGGUUGGAUGAAGCUUUAAGAAGAGUGAUUUUCAUUUUGAGGGCGAACACCCAAAGAAUAGACACACUUUGGCGGGAAGUAAGGCAGAAUGUACCUCGAUAUGGUCGACGAGUUGACCACUACGUCACGUACCUUGCGGAAUUCAUGUUCCGUCGAAGGUAUCGCGACGUAGGUGAAAGACUACAUCAUAUCCUACUUAUGGCAAAGGAAGUGUACCCGCCUCCAACUUAGGCGGCAGCGAGGGGUGUGAGGGGCCGGCACCAUGCACCUGUACAACCUGACGCUGCAGCGCGCCACGGGCAUAACGCACGCGGUGCACGGCAACUUCAGCGGCACGAAGCAGCAGGAGGUGCUGGUGUCGCGGGGCAAGUCCCUGGAGCUGCUGCGGCCGGACGCCAACACGGGCAAGGUGCACACCCUGUACACCGUCGAGGUGUUCGGGAUCGUGCGCUCGCUCAUGUCCUUCCGGCUCACGGGCGGCACCAAGGAUUACAUUGUGGUUGGAUCAGAUUCUGGAAGAAUUGUCAUCUUGGAAUACGUCCCAGCCAAGAAUGUCUUGGAGAAAGUCCACCAAGAGACGUUUGGCAAGAGUGGUUGCCGCAGGAUUGUCCCGGGCCAACACUUGGCUAUUGAUCCGAAAGGCAGAGCUGUUAUGAUUAGUGCAGUGGAGAAGCAGAAGCUGGUGUACAUAAUGAACAGAGACGCGGAGGCCAGGCUGACCAUCUCGUCGCCCCUGGAGGCCCACAAGAGCAACACCCUCGUGUACCACACUGUCGGGGUGGACGUGGGCUUUGAGAACCCCAUGUUCGCCUGUCUGGAGAUAGACUACGAGGAGGCGGACAUGGACCCCACGGGGGAGGCGGCCCACAAGACGCAGCAGACGCUGACCUUCUACGAGCUGGACCUGGGCCUGAACCACGUGGUGCGCAAGUACAGCGAGGCGCUGGAGGAGCACGCCAACUUCCUGGUGUCGGUGCCGGGCGGCUACGACGGCCCCAGCGGCGUGCUCAUCUGCUCGGAGAACUACCUCACCUACAAGAACCUGGGCGACCAGCACGACAUCCGCUGCCCCAUCCCCCGACGCAGGAAUGACCUUGAUGAUCCGGAACGAGGGAUGAUAUUUGUGUGCUCUGCCACUCACAAGACUAAGUCGAUGUUUUUCUUUUUGGCACAAACAGAGCAAGGUGACAUCUUCAAGAUCACUUUAGAAACUGAUGAAGAUAUGGUCACUGAAAUCAAGCUCAAGUAUUUUGACACUGUCCCUGUGGCCACUGCAAUGUGUGUCCUGAAGACAGGCUUUUUGUUUGUGGCAUCAGAAUUUGGCAAUCACUACUUGUACCAAAUUGCACACCUGGGAGAUGAUGACGACGAACCAGAGUUCAGUUCUGCCAUGCCUCUGGAAGAGGGCGACACAUUCUUCUUCGCACCGCGGCCUUUGCGCAAUCUUGUUUUGGUGGAUGAGAUGGACUCCCUCUCUCCCAUACUGGCCUGUCAAGUUGCAGACUUGGCGAACGAGGACACGCCGCAGCUGUACAUGCUGUGUGGGCGCGGGCCUCGCUCCACCGUCAGGGUGCUGCGCCACGGGCUGGAGGUGUCGGAGAUGGCAGUGUCGGAGCUGCCGGGCAACCCCAAUGCUGUCUGGACCGUCAAGCGCAGGGCCGACGAGGAUUAUGACGCAUACAUCAUAGUAUCAUUUGUGAAUGCGACACUGGUGUUGUCUAUCGGGGAGACUGUGGAGGAGGUGACGGACUCUGGCUUCCUGGGGACCACUCCGACCCUGUCCUGCUCCGCUCUGGGAGAGGAGGCGUUGAUGCAGAUCUAUCCCGAUGGGAUCAGACACAUUCGUGCAGACAAGCGUAUAAACGAGUGGAAGACUCCGGGCAAGAAGAUGAUUGUGAAGUGUGCUGUGAACCAGCGCCAGGUGGUGAUUGCUCUGACGGGAGGCGAGCUGGUCUAUUUUGAAAUGGAUCCCACAGGCCAAUUGAACGAGUACACGGAGCGGAAAGAGAUGCCGUCUGAAGCUGUGUGUAUGGCACUGGCGAAUGUUCCUGCAGGCGAGCAGAGGUCCAGGUUUCUGGCAGUGGGGCUUGCUGAUAACACAGUCCGCAUCAUCUCUCUUGAUCCUGCUGACUGCCUGUCGCCCCUGAGCAUGCAGGCGCUGCCGGCGGCGCCAGAGUCGCUGUGCAUAGUGGAGAUGGGCACGGGCGAGGCGGGGCCCGAGGGGGAGCCGGGGGCCCGGGGCGUGCUGUACCUCAACAUCGGGCUGCAGAACGGCGUGCUGCUGCGCACCGUGCUGGACCAGUCCAAGGGCGACCUGGCGGACACUCGCACGCGCUACCUGGGCUCCCGCCCCGUCAAGCUGUUCCGCAUCCGCAUGCAGGGCAGCGAGGCCGUUCUUGCUAUGUCGAGUCGCUCGUGGCUGAGCUACUACUACCAGAACAGAUUCCACUUGACACCGCUGUCUUACGAAUCUCUGGAGUAUGCUUCUGGUUUCUCAUCUGAGCAAUGCCCUGAAGGCAUUGUAGCCAUUUCCACAAACACACUUCGAAUAUUGGCGCUUGAAAAACUUGGAGCAGUCUUCAACCAGGUGUCGUUUCCGGUAGACUACACUCCUAGGAAAUUUGUAAUCCAUCAGGAUUCUUCUCAUUUGAUAAUCACAGAGACUGAACACAACGCAUACACUGAGGAAACAAAAAAGCAGAGGAGGAUACAAAUGGCAGAGGAGAUGCAGGAGGCGGCCGGCGAGGAGGAGCAGGAGCUGGCCCGCGAGAUGGCAGAGGCCUUCCUGAACGAGGACCUGCCCGAGCACACGUUCAGCGCGCCCAAGGCGGGGCCGGGCAUGUGGGCCUCCGUCAUCCGCCUGCUGGACCCCGUCGAGGGCCGCACCGAGCAGGUCGUCAAGCUGGACCAGAACGAGGCCGCCCUCAGUAUUGCUCUGGUGAAGUUCUCCAACCAGCCUGACAACCAGUACGUGGUGGUCGGAGUGGCCAAGGAUUACCAGUUGAACCCUCGGCAAGUCGGCGGAGGAUUUCUCUACACGUACAAGGUGAACGCAGAUUGCACCAACAUGGAACUACUGCACAAGACGGUGAUGGAUGAAGUCCCGCUGGCGAUUUGUCCUUUCCAGGGCAAGGUCUUGAUUGGCGUUGGUCGCAUGUUGCGCUUGUACGAUCUCGGCAAGAAGAAACUUCUGCGCAAGUGUGAAAACAAGCACAUCCCCAACCUGAUCGUGAACAUCCAGGCGAUGGGCCAGCGAGUGUUCGUGUCGGACGUGCAGGAGAGCCUCUACUUCGUGCGCUACAAGCGACAGGAGAACCAGCUCAUCAUCUUCGCGGACGACACUCACCCUCGCUGGGUGACGGCCGCCACGAUGCUGGACUACGACACGGUCGCCACCGCGGACAAGUUCGGCAACAUCGCUGUGAUCCGGCUGGCCAGCAACGUCACCGACGAUGUGGACGAGGAUCCGACCGGCAACAAGGCCCUGUGGGACCGCGGCUUGCUCAACGGCGCCUCGCAGAAGGCCAGCGUCAUAGCCAACUUCCACGUGGGGGAGAUAUGCAUGUCAUUGCAGAAGGCCACGUGGAUCCCGGGGGGCAGCGAGUCCCUGGUGUACACCACGCUGUCCGGCACGGUGGGCGUGCUGGUGCCCUUCACCUCGCACGAGGACCAGGACUUCUUCCAGCACCUGGAGAUGCACAUGCGGUCGGAGAACCCCCCGCUGUGCGGCCGCGACCACCUGUCGUUCCGCUCCUACUACUACCCCGUCAAGAAUGUCUUGGAUGGAGAUUUAUGUGAGCAGUACAACUCUAUUGACGUAUCAAAGCAAAAGAGCAUUGCUGAUGAUUUGGACAGAACUCCUAGCAAAGUUUCAGAGAAACUAGAAGACAUAAGAACUCGCUAUGCGUUUUAAUACAGUGGUGUGUGUGUGUUCAGACAUGCAUUUGGCUUGUGGUUUUAUGGUAGCCAUUUGACAAUUGUAAUAUUUGUGAAAUUUUGUACGUAGUUAUAGUAUUAAAUUAUAUUAAUUUUUUACUUGUA